GAUUGGUUUCGGGUUUCGAAUGUGAAGUCAUGCCCCGGCAUCGAGGCAAAUGGCCUCUCGCCCUGCUGGCCGGCCUGGGCGGCGCCAUGGUGUUUGCGGGCCAGAUGGGCUCGCGCGUCGUUCCUCGAGUGAUGCGGCGAGCAGAAGACACCAUGGGGGAGCUCUUCACCAAGUACUACCGGUUGCAGGAGGUGAACCGCAACUUAGAGGCGGACACCAAAAUCGCGACGGUCUCGGAGCUUCUAGAGAUUUUAGACGACCUCGAGCGGGGCGCCAGCCAGGAUGGAGGGACAGGUGGAGCAUCUACCCUGCAGACCUUGGCAUCGAAAUUCGCCGCGAGGUUGGAAUCCAUGGGCUUUGAGCGAAUCAAGGCCAGUGGCGCUUUCGAUCCUCGGCGCCACGAGGCGGCGGCCCAACGCCCGGAGGCCUCGGUGAGCAGCGGGGACAUCUGCGAGGAGCUGAGGUCUGGGUGGAUGCUGGGGGACCGUGUGGUACGUCCAGCUGUGGUCACCGUGGCUGCGUGAGAGAUUG